CCUCGCGCGUUCGCGCGAACUACUAGAAAAUGGUGAGAUCAUUAGAUCAUUAGUGAAAGAAGGACCAACGACGAUGAAGGUUACGAAGGAGAAGGAGGAGUAGGAGGAGUCAGUCUUCUUUGAAGAUCGAGGAAAAAAUCGGACAAUUAUGCCAUUCGGCAGAAGUCUUCUACAGAAGGAAAGCCUGUAUCGAGUAAGUGGAGAGGAAAGAUCCCCAGAGAUUCUUAUCUUAUUCCAUUCCAGUGGCUCGACCAGUAACCAAUGGCGAAAACUAAAAAAUCCAUGGUUUCCCGGUAGAACCCCAUUUCGCCCAAGUUGUUGCGGAACCGGAAAAAAGAAGCGGUUUUUCGCACAGCUUGCUCAUAGUGCAGGUCCCACUUGUAUAUUGUAUUUGGCCGAAGAAGCAUCGGACAGGUUGGAGUUCUUACCUUCUUGGGACUCCAUGGACCAAGAUCUGCUUUCAUUAUAUGGGCAAUACCGAUCUACUUUAGUAGAUCAUAUGGAUGUAGAAAAAGCUUCUGAUUUUGAUGAAUUCGAAACAUCUCUUUUCCAUUUCUAUUUACCUAGUUCAUAUCUUUGUUUCGUGUGUUCCCGGGAGGAAUUCGAUCUCUUCAAUCUCGGGAUACCACCUAAAUAACUGCGGCCAAAAAGUAAAAUAGGUCGGGAAGAAAGAGUCUGAGGUUGGGUCGGACGACAUACAUCUUGGUUGGUUCCACCACCAACUUUCUUUAUGUGAGUGAUUUUAACCCUUAGAUUCUCCAAAAACAUCUUUAGCCACUCUUUUAAUGCAAUUGGCCAUCUUAUACCACAUCACAGAGGUUUCUUCCUAAAAAUUCCAUUUCCCUUCCUCGUUAUAAAGAGAAAGUCAUUUGGCAUACCUGCAUGGAUUAGAUGUCCAGAUAAACCCCCCGACCUGGGAAGUCUUUCGACCUCACUCACUUGAUCAGCAAAUGGGAAGCUUGAAAAAGCGGCUUUUCGCUCCUCUCCUUACAGUCGAGUGGCUUUCGCUCCUUCUUCCGUAAAAUAAAGCAAAACGGCUGCUGCAACUACAGGUGAAAGUGGCACGGCUCUUGUAUGAUGGAGAAAAAAUGACCAGAAUCAAAAGAUAGACCAAAUUCAAUGGAGGAUGGGGAGUAUGGCUGAGAUUCCAAAUCUUAAGAGAUUGAAAGAGUGUAGGGGACAUAUUCUACAUCUUAAUAGCCCCGUGCUUUAUUAGCGCAGUGUUAGAGAAGGGAGGACCGAACAAUAUGACAGGGCAAGAGCUCCGCUUAGCUUAGUUAGGAAGGCAAUAUUUCGCGUGCUAAGGCGCGCGUAAGCAUCAAAGCCCAUAGCGCGAUAGGAAAGAAUCUUAGUCUGGGCGGCGGGGAAGAUAGUUCAUAUGAUUUUUCCAAAGAAUGAUUCUACAAUCGUACAUAAUACAAUACAAAACCGAUUUUUCGACGCGGGAAGACGGUGGAGAAAUAAUAACAGCAGGCAUUGAGAGGACACAUGCUAAAUGGUCUACCUACUUCGUUACAAUGGUUCCUGAUGAGAACUACCUAGAUGCUGCAUCAAGGUUGGUUGUUAGGGAUGGGGUAGAAAUGUAGUUUACGUUUCAACUGGAUCAGUUCGCCCGCAGGGACGAAUGAAGGAACGCUUUUCUUCGGAGAGAUAAAUCCUGUUCCCUUCACCGCUCCGUGGGCUUCUGGGUAAACUGAUGGUGGGUAUCAAUAGAUCUCUUUUCCACCUAGGUUAAAGGGGUAUGCCGCUAUAUAUGCUACACCGAAGUAUGCUCCUAGCUAAGCUACUGGCUUUGGAUCUGCCUCUCGAGCACGAGGGUCGUAUUCAAUUCAUAAGGCUAUCGAUCAUGAAGGUUUGCCUAUGGCUCUGUAUCUACCUCUGUCUGCUGGUGCUUAUUUUGAUAAGCUGCAGGAUCAACGACUGGAUCAGCUGGAACUACAAAAGGCUAUGGCUAUGGAACUUUUUUGGAUACUUAGCAAGGUGCUGGAUCAACCGGCGAUACUUCCUAUGCCGAGAGCACCAAUAGAUAGCUUAGAGAACAGGUCUAGUUAAUGCCCACCGGCAGUGAGCCAGGAGUAGGAAUAGACAAUAGGGGGGGGUUCAUUUGCUCUUAUCCUGUCUAGAUAAGAGAUUUGAAGGUCGAUAAGGAGUUGGUAAGCGCAUUGACUUGAGUUCUCCUCCACCGGUCUUGAUGUUGGAACCAAUCCACGGAAUGGGGGAAUAAGAAGAUAAGGAAGCAGGAUUCAUUGGUGGUCCAUUCUUCCCGGUGCCUCGAUAGGCGGGAAAGAAGAAAAAACGUAGUGAAGAGAAGCGUAGGAGGCUAUGGGUAUAGCAUCCUAACGUAGGAGUGAAGCACGCUGUCUUACUCUGGAAAGCUCAUCUCGGCCUUCAUUAAGCAAAUGGGCUUAGUCAGACCAACCGUAUCGUAAGUAAGAAGAAGGGCGGUGGUCUUCCAAGAAGCGGAGAUGGCGGAAUAGCACGAAGCGAGAAUCUUACUUUCGAGCAGCUCUUGAAUAAGUAAGUGUUCCGCAAGUGUAGGUAAAGAAUUAUCCGACUUUCUUCUAAGAGUGGGUCUGUCUAAUCAAAUAAGAGAUCAAACAAA